UAGACGAUGGCCACCAUUUUCACUCUUCGUCUUUUCAAAGUACACACGCUCAUAAUGAAACUGUCCUAAGUGUCUUAGGGAGAUUUGUAGUCACGGGGCUUUUAAAAUCUAGUCAGAGCUGAUCGUUUCAACUGCAGUUCCCUUUUUCAUAGCUAAGGGAGCAUGAGCCAUCUGCACAACUUACUGUUAGAUACCCUCCUGGGAACGAAGCAUGUGGACAGUGCAGCCCUCAUCCACCUCCAGGAGCGGAGCCUGUGUGUAGCAUCACCAGGAUUUACUGUAAUGCCCAGUGAUGUCCAAACACUUGUGAAUGGAUUCGCCAAGAACCCUUUGCAAGCCAGAAGAGAAGGAUUGUAUUUCAAGGAAAAAGACUACAAAUGUGUCCGGGCAGAUGACCAUUCUCUUUAUGCUAAGAAUGAAAACACUGGUGUGGUUGUUGUGAAGACCUGCAUGUAUCUUCUGGUGGCAACUUACACUGAGGGCAUGUAUCCUAGUGUUUGUGUGGAAGCCACAGAGAAGCUGGGAGAAUAUCUAAGAAGAAAAGGAAAUUAAGUCAUCAGAGGACUAUGAAAGACAGCUUUUAUUAUUUUAGAAGAAAACUAUAGAUCCUAAAGAAAAAGUAAUGCCUUAUUUUGUGGUUGAAAAACACUAGGCAGGAGAUACUGAAAAGGAAGAAUGAGUUAAGGGAGCAAUUUUUCUUAUUUCAAGAGAUCCUCUUCUUUAAUUGGAAUUAUUUGAUCAACUUUACUUGUGUUUUUUUAAGUGUUGGUCAU